AUGAGGCUCAGGCAGCUUCUCUACAUGGUGGAGUCUUCCAGAAAUUCGCCUUUCAUUCUCCUCCUGGCUAUCUUGAGCUUGCCGCACCAAUCUGUCGGGCAAAAUGUCUCACUGAUAUUCGACGUCAAUGCCCUGGAUACUCUGCGGACGUGUAACCGUGGGUACGGGCGAAUGGUCACCAUAAACAACAAGGUCUAUAUCUACGGGGGAGUGAGCAUCAUUUCGAGCGGCACGACCAACACCCUAUGGACCCUCAGUGAGCCUUGGACCUACCUAAUACUGGGUACCACUCUCAAACUGCCCCAAGCUGAUCGCAUUACGGACCGUUACCUCCGCACUGUGGACUUCUCGACCAUGCGCGAUUUGUCCGAUCCUUCUUUGAUCACCGCCAAACCUCUUCCCAAUUUUGUGCCUACUUUUGAUGAGGGUGUCUUCUGGGAAAGUUUAUAG